UGGGAAGGGUCUUUUACAGCGGCCACGGUCGCGCGUCACACAGCGCCUCACCGCCGCUGCUUCAGUCUACCGGGCGCUGGUUAGAGCUGAUAAACUUGUAUUAUGAUUUAAACCACACACAAAAAAAAUCCAAACGUCUUUCCGUGUUUUAUUUUUCUUUCUGAUGAAGGGCAGCUUUGCUUCUGAGCUCCAGAAAUGAAAGGGUAACAUUUACCAUCGGCGAGGAAGCUAAUCAGAAAGCGGAACCUGAACAUAAACAGCAGCUCAUCUCAUCUCACCGCGAAAUUACAGCGUCUUCAGAUAAGGCAGACACCAUGAACUAUGUGGGGCAGCUGGCAGGUCAGGUGCUGGUGACCGUGAAGGAGCUGUAUAAGGGCAUUAACCAGGCCACGCUUUCGGGCUGCAUCGACGUGGUGGUGGUGCGGCAGAAGGACGGGACCUACCAGUGCUCUCCUUUUCACGUGCGCUUCGGGAAACUUGGAGUGCUGCGCUCCAAAGAGAAAGUGAUUGACAUAGAAAUAAAUGGAGAGCCGGUGGAUUUGCACAUGAAGCUAGGGGACAAUGGAGAAGCUUUCUUCGUCCAGGAAAUGGAGGUACAGGAUGAGACAGUCCCAGCUCACCUGGCCACCUCUCCAAUCCCCACUGAGAGUCACAUGUUCUGGGUUGGGAGUGACCGGGGUACGACUCAGGGUUUAGACAUUGACCCUCUGGACCUUGAGGAGCCCCCCGAGCUCCCCGCGCCCAGUACAGGGACGGCCAAGAAGAAAAAGAGGCGGAGAAAGAAGCAUAAAAUGGACCCCCGGCGUGAAGAGAUGACUCCUCCUGCCUCUGUCGGUGCCUCUGCAAAUACAGAAGACAUCUUUGAAAUGGAUCUCAGCACGGAUGAAGAAGCCACUCCCAGCACACGAUCGUCUUCAAUUAGCACAUUAAAAGAGGUUGAACCCAGAGUACCAGCAGUUCGUCAUUCUCCAGAGACCUACCCUUAUUCUGAUGGAGACUGGUCACCGGCUGACAGUCACGCCAUGUCUGAGGCCUUCUCCCCCAAGAGCGACUCUGAGCUGGUGAUCCGGCCCUCAGAGAGCAUGCUGAAAAUGGAGUCUCACAUGCAGUGGACAUGGGGAGAGUUCCCAGAACCCACACGGAUGGCCAAAAAAGACAAGACGGAACUGCCCAAGACUGUGACCAUAACACCCUCAGAGAACACUCAUUUCAGGGUGAUCCUGAGCUCUGAGGCCAUGGAGCCUGAGGCUGAUGUGAAAGACAUACUGGAACCUGCCCCCAUAUGCACUAUUGUUAAGCCUGAGCCUCGUACUCCAGCUACCCCAAUCACCCCACUAAUGUCUUCUGACUGUGUCACCACUUCCACGCCCUCGGAGCCCCAUCAUACUGCUGCCCCCAACCCUCAAGCUGGAGCCAUGAUGGAUGUCUGCCCCAAGACAGACUCUCCCUCCAAGAAGAAAGGAGUACCAAAGAGAAGUCAGCACCAAGGGCCUGAGGACAUCUACCUAGAUGAUUUGAACGUGCUUGAGCCUGAUGUGGCUGCGCGCUACUUUCCCAAGAGUGACUCAGACUCCAAGCACUGGAUGGACUCAGGGAUGCGUUCAGGUUCUCAGUCCCCUCAGUCAGUGGGCAGUGCUGCGGCUGACAGUGGAACAGAAUGCCUGUCUGAUUCGGCCUCUGAUCUGCCCGACGUCACGCUGUCUCUGUGUGGAGGGCUUAGUGAGAAUGCAGAGAUAUCCAAAGAGAAGUUUAUGGAACAUAUCGUCACCUACAAUGAAUUUGCUGAGAAUCCAGCCAUUAUAGACAAUCCUAAUUUGGUGGUGAAAAUAGGGAACAGAUACUACAAUUGGACAUUAGCUGCACCGUUAAUUUUAAGCUUGCAGGCUUUCCAGAAGAAUCUACCCAAAGCUACUGAGGAGGCUUGGGUUAAAGAGAGGAUGCCAAAGAAGUCUGGCCGCUGGUGGUUCUGGAGGAAAAGAGCAGAUAGCACUAUCAAGCAGUCUGAAAAUGCAGGAAAACUGGAGAUGAAGGAGGAGCAACUGAAAGAGGGUGAAACCUCCCUGGAAAAUGAUCCCUGCAAAGUGGAGUCCAGAGAAUCAUCCAGCGAUGAGGAGGGGAAGGAAGUGAGCGCAGCUGCUGCCUCUCUGGAGCGCUCGGCUCAGACUGAGCCCCAGCCUCAACCGCAGCCUAGCACACAUUCCUACAGGAAGUCCUUGCGCCUCUCUUCUGACCAGAUUGCCAAGCUAAAGCUGAAAGAAGGGCCUAAUGAUGUGACCUUCAGCAUAACCACCCAGUACCAGGGCACAUGCCGCUGUGAUGGCACUAUCUACCUGUGGGACUGGGAUGACAAGGUCAUCAUUUCUGAUAUUGAUGGCACCAUUACAAAAUCAGACGUGUUUGGGCAGAUUCUGCCUCAGCUGGGGAAAGACUGGACUCACCAAGGCAUUGCCAAGCUUUACCACUCUGUAGCUGAGAAUGGCUAUAAGUUCCUGUACUGUUCAGCAAGAGCUAUCGGCAUGGCUGAUAUGACCCGUGGCUAUCUGCAGUGGGUGAACGAUGGCGGCACUAUUCUGCCCCGCGGACCCCUCAUGCUUUCUCCCAGCAGCCUCUUCUCUGCAUUUCACAGAGAAGUGAUUGAGAAAAAGCCAGAGAUUUUCAAGAUUGAAUGCCUUACUGAUAUCAAGAACCUGUUCCAGUCCAACAAACAUCCCUUUUAUGCUGCAUUUGGAAACAGGACCAAUGAUGUUUUUGCCUAUAAGGAAGUUGGAGUGCCUGUUUGCAGGAUCUUCACGGUCAACCCUAAAGGAGAGCUAAUUCAGGAGCAGACCAAGGGAAACAAGACCUCGUACAGCAGGCUGAGUGAGCUGGUGGAGCAUGUGUUUCCAUUGCUGAGUAAAGAACAGAGCUCGGCGUUCACCUUCCCCGAGUUCAGCUCAUUUUGUUUCUGGAGGCAACCCAUCCCCGAGAUCAACCCAGACGACUUACUCUCAUAGGCUAGACAUGCUCUCAGUCUCUGUCCCGUUUGCCAUUGUAUAAGCUGAAGUAAUACUCCUGUAAGAUAAUUAAGUAAAAUCCUUGCAAAUCCAAAUGUCCUCGCUACCUGUAGCUGCACUCUAACCAGCUGAGGCAUGUUCUGUUGAAAAGGAUUGUAUAAAAUCCAUCUGCACAUCCAAAACGGAGCAAUGCCUCGCUCUCCCCUUUAAUCUAACGUCCACGUUGAACUGUGGGGGUGGUGACGGUGCAGUUUCCCCUCAUUGUCGCACACAUCAGGGAUAUUUGAAGCCUGCCUGAUUGCUGGGGCCUCAAACAAAUGCUCUUAUUUCAAACUUAAAUGUUUAUUUUGUGUGUGUGUGUGUCUACGUGUGUUUGUGUGUGUGUUAAUUACUUAAUAUAGGUGUAUCAUAGCCUUAGUGCUGGUGUGUCUGAUACUAGUGGACAAUAGAACCCUCCAGGACCAGCAGAGGUGUUUAUCCCUGCUGUGGUGGUCCAGCGUAGGCUGGUGUUUACAGUCCUGUGGCCUAAGCACUUACUGGUUACCGUGUGGGUACAAUGACACAGCGUGUUUAGUAGGAAACAGAAAAUGAGUCAUGUGGGAGAACAUGUAGGAUCACAGAACUAAUGAACAGAGAUAUUUAUUUACAAAUGCUAAUUUAUUUUGUUCUCUAAUAAUUAACAAUUUAGUGGGUAAGUUAAUUAUAAUUACCAACAUGCACUGCCUGUAACAUGUGGUGGAAGAAUUCCUGUCUGACUGUGCGUCUGUGAUGAGGUUUGAUCAGAGGCUCUCUUGAAUGCUGAUGCUGCUAUCAAAGUCAUGCCGCUGAACUCGCCCCUUUUAUGCAUUCGCAUCCAGCGUCUUCAGUCCGAUGGUGCAUUUAAGGCUUUUAGUCCUGCUGGAAAAGCCCUGAGCACCGAGCAAGGCUUCCAUCUGUUUUCCAGGUGUUUUCCACUCAUUAACAAUUUCAUUGUCUGGCUGCUUUCUAAUGCCUUACUGAUCGCACUUUUCAGCAGCAGCAGCCAAGAGAGCACCAUGGAUCAGCUUGCAGUUAAUGAAGGGAUGGUCUUAUUGUUGCAAGCUAUUCAGCAGCCUUUUGCAUAGAAGGUUUAAAAGCCUUUUUCUUCACGAGGCUAAAAUAAGAUUUGAGUGUUUUUCUACUACACUGCACCCUACUUGAUUUGUGUAAUCAAAGAAAUAGUUCUGAAAUACUAAUGGCUUUUGAUUUCCCAAUACGACUAAUAUGUACUGAUUUUGUAGGUUUAGCAUCAGUUGAUUUUUUUUUUUUUGUGUGUGUGUUUUGAGAUCUUUAGGUCUAUAGGUAAAUGAUGUUGUGUCGUGGAAAAGAGCUUAUCAGUCUUCUCUAGCAGUUAUAGCACUGUAAUAGGCCAAAUUCAGUGUUUUCUUUUUUUUCUUUUUUUUUGGAAGAAACAGAUCGCAGCUGUUGUGCAAGAGGGGUGUCCCUUAUUAUUUUCCUGGACAUCUUCCAACUGGUGAUUGUCAGUGGCCAAGGGAAGGAGCACGUCCUUGUCAUGAAUAGUUAAUUAGCAAAAGCUGGUCUUUGACUUUGUGUAAUACAAAUGGUGUAUGUACAUGCAUUUGUUUCUAGUUUCUUCUUUUAAACGUAGACGUAGCGCACCGUGUGUUAGGUAGCAUGCACACCGACUCGGAGCACAAUAGCAAGUAUUUUAUUUACCAUAGGAUAUUUGUAUGAGGUAACCAUUGUUUGGUGGGGGAAAAAAAAGGAACUUCCCUGGUCGUUUGAUUUGUUUAUACACAAAUGUAUUAUCACAUUUGUUUUUUUUUUUUGUCUGUAUGAAGUGUAGAAGUGAAAUCUGUCUGUUAAUGAUUAACAAAGUGAUCCCAUUCUUUCUAUGAAAGUAAUACUUCUUGUGUGGGAUGGACACACUCAUCUAUGUUUAAAAAACAAAAAAUGUUAAAAAAAUAUAUUACUUUGGAACCGAUCGUUUAUUGUUCAUUACUCUCUUUUGCUUUCAUGCUCUUAAUUUUAUAUGCUUUUAUUUGUUGAUGUAUGCUCUUUGUGGGGAAAAAAAACCCCUGUCUCUUAGAUUGUAUUGUUUUCAGUGUACAAAUUGAACAUUACUGCAUCUGACCACUCUUAGAUACCUUUACAUGUAUACUUACUGUAUGGAUUUAUCGUUUUUGGAAAAUGACAUGGAAAAUCUAUUAAAAAUGCAAUUAUUACAAAUGUU